UUAGCCCCGCCCCUUCCCACCGUGAGAAGCUUCCUGCUCCCCAACUGUGUGAGGGAUGGGAGAACCAGAGCAGACAAUCUUCUUCUGAUGAAGCGGCUUCUUUCCCAGGCCGAUAAGUGUCACUCUGUCAGACGUUCGGAACAGACUGUUACCUUCCAGAGCUUCAGCAUGGAUAUUAACCAGAUGUGGUUUUAGCUGGGUUCAAAGCCUUUCCUGCUGCAGUUCAGAAUUUGCAGCUUGACUCAUAGGUGAUGCAAUUGAGGACUUUUACUCAGUUGUGUUUGUGAAACCUACCGAAAGAGCAUAUUGCACUGUGUACAGCAAGGUCAUCAGCCAAAUUUCAAAAUGUCGGAUGGGGAUUAUGAUUACCUCAUCAAGUUUUUAGCACUGGGAGAUUCUGGAGUUGGAAAAACCAGUUUCCUUUAUCAAUAUACAGAUGCAAAAUUUAAUUCCAAGUUUAUCACAACUGUGGGCAUUGACUUCCGGGAAAAAAGAGUGGUAUAUCGAUCAAAUGGGCCAGAUGGAAUUUCUGGCAGAGGGCAAAGAGUUCACCUACAGCUCUGGGACACUGCUGGGCAGGAAAGGUUCCGCAGUUUGACAACUGCAUUUUUCAGAGAUGCAAUGGGUUUCCUUUUGCUUUUUGAUCUCACAAAUGAACAAAGCUUCCUCAAUGUCAGGAACUGGAUGAGCCAGCUACAAGUCCACGCAUAUUGUGAAAAUCCAGAUAUUGUACUGUGUGGAAAUAAAUGUGACCUGGAUGAACAGAGAGCAGUUAAAGAAGAAGAAGCCAAGGAAUUUGCAGAGAAAUAUGGAAUCCCCUAUUUCGAAACCAGCGCUGCAAUCGGAACUAAUGUGAAUAAAGCAGUGGAGACCCUACUAGACCUUAUUAUGAAGCGAAUGGAACGGUGUGUGGACAAGUCUUGGAUACCUCAAGGGGUGGUACAAUCCAAUGGCCACAGCUCUACAGAGCAGUUAACUGAGGAAAAAGACAAGGGCAAAUGUGGCUGCUGAGACCAAACCUUAUUUUGAAAAAAUGGCCCUACUUCCUCCCCCAUUUUUAAAAAAAUGUAAAAAAAUAUAUAUUUGAAUAAUUGCACAAAAUGUUUGCUGUGCCUGUGCCGCACAUGUAUCAGCUAAGUACCAAAUGACACUUCCUCAGCAGAAGGAUUCUCAUCAUCUAUGAGCUCAUGCAAGGACACUUUCUAAGCCAAUGAACAUUGGUCACAGUCUUUUGGCUAUAUUAGAAUUUUAUAUAUACAGCCUUUCGUCUUACAAUGUUGCAUAACAGUAUUUUCUGCCUUUCUCCAGAAGUAAUCUUAUAGUACAAUAUUAAACUCUUAUUUUCUAUAGAGGAUGCUCUUAAAUCUUGUAUAAUCUAAUAUGAAAUGUGUUCCAACCCAUGUACCCUAUGUAUUUGUGCUACUCUUAUAAUGAAUCACUUACAUAUAAUCUGUUUUUGCAAUUAUAUAUAUAUAUACUAUUUUUUAUGUUUCAACAGGAACUUAGGGCAGAAAACUUGUCAGCAAAAUUUCAUCAGGGCUGGUGCUAAGCGAUGAAAUUGUAUGUGCCACGUGUACUUUUUGGGACCCUUUUGGAUAGACCCAGUUCCACACUGGUCCUGGUGAGACUUGCUACACAAGAUCUCUGUUGGGAGGUGCCAAAUUCCAAAUCUGGGUUGGAAAUGUUCUUUUUACUUCUUGAAAAGUGCCUAGUUUAUAUACAAUACAAGUACAUUGUUGUCUUUUACUGUCCUGUUGGUGUGACGUGGGUGUUGUGGGGUUUCUGUUCCAUUUGAUUAUUAGUAUACUAGAUAAAACCAAAUACUGCCUAGAAGGUAUAUAAACAAAUAUUUAAUAUAUGUCACAAUGUUGUAUAAAUAUGGUUUAUUUAAGCAAAGAGCGCUGUCAUUUUAGAUCUUCAGUUUAAAUUUAUUAAUAUGGUUUCCAGCAAAUGGUAAUAACACAGAGUAAGUAAUAGAAAGCAUGGAGGCAUGGUAAAUAUCCUAACACAUAUUGAAGUGCUUUAGGAACAUACAAAUAGGUAUAUACAUUCUUCAUUAUUCAUAUUUCUUUUGGGUAAAUAUUUUUAUCCACUUCAGUAAAAAAAAGAGAGAGGGGAUUUCAAUAUGUUCCAUUUGUACAUAUGUGUUAAUUUCAAGACAUUUUAUGUUCUUUUUGUUUAUACAAAGAUAAAUGGAUGCAAUAUGUUGGAUAUCAUCAGCAUCCCAAAAAUGGAGAUAUAAGUGUUUGCUAUUCAGCCCACAGUUGUAUCAUAUAACUGAUGAGGUAUGUCACAUUACAAGGGGUCAUUGUAGAGCCGAUCUCAUAACAAAGCCCAAUAUAGUUAUUUAUUGGCAGAUAUAUUGGCACCCAUCUGCUAAUGGAAAGCCAAACUGAUAUCCUUAGUACCCCUUGCCUAACAGUUGCAUGCAUCCCAGUAUUCACCUUUAAACUGGACAUUUUGUGGGGCUGUACUGCAGUCCAAGCAGCCUACCUAAGCCAUAUUUCAUUAGUCUCCCUAGUCGGAGGUUUGAAUGUAUGUAGCCACAAUUCUCAACAUCUGCUUAAAUUCAACUGCAUGAAAAAAAUAUUUUCAUGUUGUAUCUCACAAAACCUUUGAAAUUCAUAAAUCUGUUCCCUAUUUCCAUGCAGUUGAAACUAGCCCAUUCCUGGAAAACCAGCAUGGGAAGCAAAUAUAGAACUUUUCUUGUCCUUUGUUUUCUGUUUGGAUUCUUUGGAUCUAGCUUGCUUAUUGCACAUCAUGCAGUCAGGUUACUGGGGGUCAUUUAUAAACACUGGGCAAAUUUGCACCUGGGCAAUAACCUAUGGCAACCAAUCAGAUGUUUGUUUUAAUUGUUCAACUUGCAGAUGGUUGAAAAAAUCUAAUCACUUAUAUCUGUGGAUUCUGGCAAAUGCGAGAGAGGCUGCUGUAAGAUGCCAUAGACUGUCAUUAUUUAUUGGGCUGGAGGGGAGCUGUCUGGGUCUCUAUGUAGUUGAAGUGCCUAAAUAAAUAGAAGUGUGAAGUGGGGUGCUUUAAAGCUACUGCAAAAUAUGGCAGGACAUUAUUGUGAGAGCUACAGUAACAGUCUGCUACAGCAAUUGCGUUUGAAUAUAUGGAUGCUCAUAACAGUAGCAAUCCCCAGUGCAUAUUGGGCAACCAUUGCAAAGAAAAUACAAAAUCUUCUUUAAAAAAAAAAAAAAAAGAACUGGACCCUAACAUACCAGUCCCCAAAAUGCUUCUAGUUUUUGUUCACAGGCAAUAUCCUAUGUUUUGUGUGAGCACAAUAAUGAAUGUUACAAAAAGUACUUUCACAUGGAAACGCUAUCUUUUAUAGUUACAACUUUCCUUGAUAUGAAAUAUGCAUUCAAAGAGCAAACCAAAGUGUAUACUGCUAUUGCUAAUAAAACAAAAGCUCAUCUAUGUUACUACUAAUUAAAUAUUUGGCUUAGCUUAAUUAAAUAAUAUGCUUAUAGAUCCUUGCUAGAAAUUAGUGCAUUUUUGCCUGUUACUGCUACACUUGCCUGCAUUGUUAUAGCAUUCUGUUCAAUAGCCAGCCAUGCUGUUUGCUGUCCAAAUUCAGGUACCCUUUUUGUCCUUUCAACCUAAGAAACAGGCUUCACAAAUUCAGGAUUUAGGUAUAACCAAAUGUAAGGUUUCUAAAUCAGUGCCAUGCAAUGUUUUUUCCUACUCUCAUUUUUUGUCAGAUAAAUCUUUCAGUGACAUUAAAUUAGUUGCCAUUACCAAAUGGUCUUAGGUAACCUGAAAAAAAAACCUAAAUGCCAUAUUGUUGUCAUAUUUGUGAUACUGGAGAAAUAUUUUUAUUAAACAAAAUGUUUUACAAUAAAUCAAAUAUUAAAGUUUAUAAGUUAAAAUAA